CCGGCUGCCGGUGGGGGCGGGGACGCGCUGCAUGCCAGCGACGCCACCGGCGCCCGCCGCGGCCGGAGCAGGGACCGGGAGCUAGGGAGGGGGGGGAUACCGGUCCGAACCGGGCCCUUUGUCUGAGCGGCCGGUGGGGUGUCGCGGCGGCCGCCCCACCGCGAGGCGAGGCGAGGCGAGGCGGCGCCGGGAGCCUCCACCCCCGGCCCACCCUGCCCCUGGCUCAUCAUGUGACGCGGGAUUGAAGUGGAUCUAGGGAUGAAUGGAUGACUGAAUAUUCAUAUGAAGAGGAAAGCCAUAAAAGACGUCAACGCCUUUGAGAACAGAAUGUUAAUGCUUGAUGGGAUGCCGGCAGUCAGAGUCAAAACAGAGCUGCUGGAAUCUGAGCAAGGGCAGUCUCCAAACGUCCACAACUACCCAGAUAUGGAAGCUGUACCUUUGUUACUAAACAACAUGAAGGCAGACCCCGCAGAGGAUUCAUUAUCUACAGACCAUUUCCAAACACAGACUGAACCAGUGGACUUGUCAAUAAACAAAGCCAGGUCAUCCCCUACAGCAGCUUCAUCUUCACCGGUUUCCAUUACAGCAUCAGCCUCCUCCCCUUCUUCUACUUCUACUUCUUCUUCUUCUAGUCGACCAGCUUCAUCACCUACAGUAAUAACAUCGGUAUCCUCAGCAGCUUCUGUACCGUCAGUAUUAACUCCAGGUCCUCUUGUGGCUUCUGCAUCUGGUGUUGGAGGCCAGCAGUUUUUGCACAUUAUCCAUCCAGUACCGCCUUCAAGCCCCAUGAACUUGCAGUCCAACAAAAUGAGUCACGUGCACCGUAUCCCUGUGGUGGUGCAGUCAGUACCUGUUGUCUAUACAGCUGUGAGAUCACCUGGGAAUAUGAACAACACUAUAGUAGUACCACUGUUGGAGGAUGGGAGAAGCCACGUCAAAGCACAAAUGGACCCCCGAGGCCUAUCUCCCAGACAAAUUAAAAGUGACAGUGAUGAUGACGACCUGCCAAAUGUGACCUUAGAUAGCGUUAAUGAAACUGGAUCUACAGCGCUCUCCAUAGCCAGAGCAGUACAAGAAGAGAGCAUGUGGGGCUGUGCCAGGUCAGCUGUUAACCCUUUUCGUUUUUUCAACUCCAGUUCAAUUUCACCAUUCAGUAUUGAGAGCACAAGGCGUCAGAGAAGGUCUGAGUCUCCAGACUCCAGGAAGCGGCGCAUCCAUAGGUGUGACUUCGAGGGAUGCAACAAAGUAUACACAAAAAGUUCCCACCUGAAGGCUCACCGGAGGACGCACACAGGAGAAAAACCCUACAAAUGUACCUGGGAAGGCUGCUCCUGGAAGUUUGCUCGCUCGGACGAACUGACGAGGCAUUACCGCAAGCACACGGGAGUGAAGCCAUUCAAGUGUGCGGACUGUGACCGCAGCUUUUCCCGCUCAGACCACUUGGCACUCCACCGCCGCAGGCACAUGCUGGUUUGAGGAAUGCUGCCCGCUCCAGCCGAGUUUAAGAGCUGGGUCUCUUAACUACCCGCAGUGAAUUCAGCAGGGCUGAAUCCCCCCUCUACAGUGUUAACAGGCAGGACUUUCCCUGAUAUCUGUAACAAAAAAAGAACCCACAAAAAACACAAACAAAACAGAAAUUAAAGCAGGAAAAGAAGUGCCACUCUUCUUCUUGGCAUCUGAAGUUAACCCCGUCUGCCCCCUCAGCAUGGCUACCCCCUGAAAGUGUCACCACAAUCACCUGGGAAAUAGCAGCCAAAAUGCUACAGGAAUGGGCAUUAUUUUACAUGCUGCAUCCUUUGACAAAAACUGUUUAUAGCUUGUAUGUUUUCUCAGCUGUCGGACAUUUUGUUCCUGAAAAAUCACUGCUGACUGGAGGAUACCGCAAACCGAUGAUGAUGAAAGCAAGACCGCUAGACCUUCCUUUUCGCUUUUUUUUCCCCUUUGUUUUGAAUACUAUCUGGCUAAUAACAGCAUCACGCCUGAGCUGUGCUACAGACAAGCUCCGUGUGAGUAGGCAAGAAGAUUCUGCUGGAGAGGUCCUGCUGUUGGAGAUGAAGGGUCGCUUGAGCAGACUUUUGCAAUAACGAUGGUGGCAUUUUAAUAUUGUACCACAUUUUGUCAUUAUGCCCUAGAGGACACCAGCCAUUUAACCUUUUUCUUUUAUCUUUUUUUUUCCUUUCUUUUGUUUUUGUUGUUGUUGUGGAAGUCUGUAAAAUAAACAAGAGGCAGCAGCAUCUCUGCUGAAAGUACAAUAUUAAGUAUCUGUAUUUUACCAUGGACUUUAUUUAGAACCGUUUUCUGGUUUAUGUAGAAAAAUCCCAUCUGAAAACUACUACCCCAUUCUCAACACACAGUUUUCUUUCACACAGGUAUUCUCUUCCCCAUGACCAUUAUCCGAACAUAAGGAAACAGUCAGAUCUUAUACUCGCUGGUACCAAGGUUAGUGGUGUAGCCAUUUGUAAAAUGGAAUUGAAUGUACCAACAAAACAGAGAAGAAACGGCUGCAUCUCUUGCACAGAAAAAGCAAUAAUGAGUAAAACUGCUCUCGAGACAAUAAUUCACUCUACACAAACAGAAGCAGGGGGCUAUGCAGAAAUAAGUUAAUAUCUCUGGUGGUUUCACUGGCCUGCCGGGUACCACAAUUAAGUACUUUCAUUUCCUUCAACCUAAUACUUGUAUCUGGAAAGUAAGAAGGAUAAAGGAGAGAGCUGAUUGUUGAGGAGUCAGUGGAUGAACCAUAAGUAGGAAGGAGAAAUGUUUCUGCAGUGGUGCUCUGUAAGACAUUAGGUUUCUCCCUGGGAGUUAGGGAAUAACAAGAUUUUGCCAGAUGACAAGUAUGAAAUAAAUGGCCCUUUAUAUGGGUACCAGUGGCUGCCUCUGCUGGGAUUUUCAAUCCAAGCCGUUUCAGAUUAAAUAAAAGGAAAUUCUUGAUCAUUCCCAUACAGCCCUAUAAUUGUGAACCAAUUUGUAUUAAUUGAAUUACGUAGGAGAGAGAGAAACUCUUAGUCAUCAGUUGUUCAUGCAAACAGAAUAGUGUUUUUCUGUUUUCUUUCCUCUCAAGGUUCUGUCUAUUCAGCUCAAUUUGACAAAGGGGAGGCUUGGCAAGAUUUUUUAAGUGUUGAGAUUUUUAUAGCUUAGAGAUGAAAGAUGUAUACAUAAAGGUCUUUUGCAAUGCAUUUAAUGAUGAAUAUUUGGUUCCAGGAAUUGCACAGAUUAAACUUGUGAUGCCACUUGUUCGUUUUUAAAUGUUUGACCAGUGUGAUUUAAUCUCUGAUUCCUGAAGUAACUGUAGUAAUGUUGGUAAUCUUUGAGAAAAAUCAGCACAGAGUACCUGUACAGAUAAUUGAUGCAAUUACAGUUAAUUGAGGAUUAAUAUGACUUGGACAAUACUUGUACGGCAGCAUUCACAGGCCCCAGAGUUUGAUUGUCUUUAAAUACAUUCUAAAUAUUCCCAAGUACCGGGUAGUUUAUCGGCUCUCUGAAACAGGAACUUCAACACAACACUGUUAAAACUCUGGCUCCCUGCUACCAAGUGGUCAGUAGGGAAACCCAAGACAAGUCAUUCACAGCCAUUAUGGGAAAAAACGCCUCUGUCAAUUCCCAUUGACCAUGUUGUUAACGGAUUUCCACCAAAUUCGGCAACGCUUUAAUACCCAUCUCCGCAUCAGGAGUGAAGCAGAGGCACUAAGUAUCCAUGCAAGGCCUGGAAAGGUCAUGAUGGAUCAGGGCAGCUGGGUAGGCCGCGAGGCAUUGUGAGGUGGCGGAACUGGCUCUUUACCAGCAGCAUUACUGCUGUUGGCUUGAAAAACUGGUUGUUUUUUACAAAUGGUGGUGUGCGUGAGAUGGUUCAUGGAUUACAUCUGAGGUCUGUCUUUUAUGUACUUCAUUAUUGUCCCCUUAAAUGGAUCUGUCGUUCUCUGUGUUUAGGGAAAGAAGUCAGGUCAGGUAGAAGUCAAUUGUUAACAUUAUUUUCCUGCCCAAGAACAUUUUUCUGACUAAUUACAUGAACGGCAGUAAUUCAUUUGAAAACCUGACUGCAUAUGGAAUUCCCUUCAGAACCCGUGGGUUUUUUCUCCUGUAGCAAAUCAUUUUAUUUGACCAGAAACUCUUAAGGCUGUUCUGUUAGCAUACAAGGGGAGCAGUGAGAGAGAUCAUCUCUGAUGUUAUUCACAAAGGCAGGGUGUAACUGGGAGAAACCAGUGUCCUCUUUGGACUUUCUCCUGUAGGUCAAUGAAGAGAGAAAAACUCCUCCAAGAAAAAAUGAGGGGCCUUAAAUUUCAGCACUCAGCUCUGAACUACCCUGAGGAAGAACAGAUGUAUCACAGACCCUGGGGAGGUUCAUCUCCUGAGGCUGACGUUGGCCUCUGUGGAUCCCUUGUCUUUCCAUGGGUUGCCCAUUACUUUAUGCAUCAGAGACACAGCAACAAGAAGAGGGUCUGUUUUUUAUUCAAGGAAGGUGAUACAGGGUUAAAGCAGCACCCACACCGAGGGAAGCAGCCACAGAGCUUAGUGUAUGCUAAAUUUUCUUAUUUCACAGGCAGGAAGUGUAUCUUCAACCUUUCCUGUGAAUGUGUAAGGGCUUUUCGUGCUGCUGUUACCUCUAGACAAUGUACACAACCAGCAGUAGUCCACCACUGGGUUUCAGGUACCCAGUAUGGUACUUGGUGAGUUUCUUAUUUGUACCAGCACCCACAGACCUUGACCCCAAAUAUUCUGUGAGGUUGUUUUCUGGUUUGUUUUCAGAAGUAUUUUAAGAGAAGUUACUCCAGGAGGCGGUGGGGGAGGGGUCCCCCAGAUUCUCAGGGCAUCCUUCCCUCUGUGACUGCUGUUCAGACCUGCUGAACUUCUGUGCUUGUGGCAAAGACCAAGGGUGACUCCUCCAGGGUAGUUUCCUCAAAAAUCCUGGUAUCCCAUCACAGAUCCGUGACAUUUUGUGACCGUCAUGAAGGCUUACAUCAUGUGUAGCAUGCAGAAACCAGGUCUCAUCUUGACACAGCAACACAGUAGGUCCACCUUAAUUGAACAGUCGGGAGAGACAAGUAUACAGCAUCCCAUUCUUUCAGAAAGAUCGAGAUUUACGCUUUCAAGUGUGAGUCAAGGGUGGUAAUAUCCACUGUGCCCAUUAACAACUUAGAAGGGGAACUAUGCCACAAAGUUUCAGGUUUCAUAUGUUUUUAGAAGAAUUCAAUAGAUUCAUCAGGAAAUCUCAGUAGCCAGCAUUAUAGGAAAACGUAACAAGCAAGUAGCUUUGAUACAGAACUUUUUAAAAUUUAAAUUGACAUUAUUUUUGGAGCACCUGUUCUAUUCAGGACUAUAAAAUUGGCCCAUUGCAGCAGCAGUUUAUACUUGGGGAUGAAGAUGCAGUAUUCCUUAUUCUCUGUCAUACUUACAGAAUUAAUGAAAUAGGUUUAGACUGACAUGUAGAUGCAAUUAUUUACUGGAGUAAUGUAUAACAAAAUUAACAGUGUUGCAAAUUACAUUCUGUUUGGGGUAAACUCGCAGUGCAGAGCAUGGACAAAUAGCUGGACAACCUUUCUCCCCUUUAAUAAUGGGAAUAGCAGUGAUCAUAAGUCUUGUUUUCCAUUAGUCACAUUGAAAAUGUAUUCUAGUUGCCAUUUAUAAAUUUAUCUUCUGAUAAUAAAUGCUGUUUAAUGGAAAAAAACUCUUUCUUCUUUAUUGAAGGUGGGUACCACUAAAUUGGAGUAAGCUUCACUAUUAAUAUCCCGCUUAUUUUUUAGUUUGGAAAGGUCAGUGUGUGACAUUGCAUCUUCCACAUCAAAAAAGUCUUAAGUUUGGUCAGUAAGUCGUCCCUACUCCCACAUGCUUGUCCACAAUCGUGCCUAUUAACCCCAGCAUUUACACACACCUCCACUCAUGAGCAGGUAAUAAGUUUAUUUCAAAAAAAACCCCACAAACAUCAUAAAAGAAAUACUAGAAAUAAACACCAUAAAAGAAAAUGCUACCUUCUUAAGAAACCAGCUGGUGUUAUUGUAUUAUGCUUUUGCCUGUGAUUUAUAACUGGAGGGAUGCACAUGGAAGUUUAAAGAUUGUUCUAUUUUCAAAGUUCUGCUGUAGCUUAACAGUUGCUGUGUAGUGUAUGCUUGUCAAGUUAUGCCCAUUGGUACUUUGAAAAGGCUUAAAUCCUGAUCAGUUUCCACAGUAAAUCAGGUUUAAGUACAGAAGUGUAACUAUAAGGAUACUGCAUCUUUAGAAGUCAAAAUACCUUGAAAGUAUUCUACUGCACUGGUACCAGUUGAAGUAUUCUGUAAUAUAUGUGACAGUGGAAAAGUAUUUUCAAACUGACAAUUUUACAUGGGGUAUAAAUAGGUUUAGUGAAGUACAUUUUUAAAACAUCAUUUCCAUCAAAAGAACUGGUAAGAUUGCCUUGCAAAGCUCAAAACACACAACAUAAGAGGUAAAUUGUUCUGUUUUGUCAGAGCACGUUUUCUCUGCAAAAUGGAGUGGCCACUUCUCUGCUGUUGCGCAGAUGACUUGCAGUAUACUAAGGUCAUACCCGGUCCUUCAGUGUCAAACAAGCCAAUACUCAGAAUGUCUUUGAAUAAAGGAAGGAAACACUUAAUCAAAAUGAAAACCAUAUGAAAAGAUUUAGGAGAUUUUUUGUGUUUUGUGGGUUGUUUGGGUUUUUUUUUUUCCUUCUGAUAUUUUACAGUGAACUGCAGUUACAGUAAUGGCAAACUUUCAUUUGAUUUUAUUUCUCGUUGUAUUUCCCUGGCUACAGUGCAUCUUGAAUAAAGGUUGCAGAGCUGAAAUAGGCAGCUGCUCUUUGCUCAUUUUAGUCUUCUAGGCGCAGUAGCAUGUCAGUGAAAUCAAUUGUAGCAGGGCAGUUGUGACAUUUGAAAUGCACAAACACUUUGCAAGGUAGCCUAAAAUCUAUAUUAAAAGAUGAAACAGAAACUGAAAGUGCCUGUAACUAGAACUGAUGGGAUGUUCCUAUACUUUUACACAGCAAUAACUUACAGAAUUCAGUUAACAAUAAGGUGAAAAUGAAAUUUUACUCGGAGAACAAUAAUGCAGCACAGAAACAAACACAAAGUGCCAUUUGUAUUUUCACAUUGAGAUAUUGUGUUAGAGGCUUUAGUUAUUUUCUCAGAUAACAUCUGUCAUAUACUUGUAAGAAGAAAAUGCAUUUUAGCUUACAAAUGACUCAUAUCCGUAUUGUUUCUCAGUAGGUGUGAAUGGAGGUCAUUGUCAAGCAGUGUUUUAGGGAUUCGUUCCCAAUUUAUGUCUGAUGUGCCCAUGUAUCCAGGCUGUUCUCUAGUGACAUAAUCCAAAAACUAGUAAUAAGCCCAAUGGAGCUUUUUUAAGGUAUAUGGUAGAAUGGGGGAAAAUCCUCUGCAUCAAACUCUGGAAAUGCAGAGUUCAACUUAACGUCCCCUUCCUGUUUCUCAUAUAAUGCUCAUGGUAUGUAGUAUCAUCUCAGAACUGGUUGACUUUAGGAAUAGACAAAAUGUAUCUCUUUUGGGGACAAAUGAGUCAAAAAUCGAGGACUGACAGCCUAGAGACUGUUCGAAUCACAAACAAGAAGUUGAUAAAAUGGAGUAAGGAGAUUUUUAUAUUGAGUAGCCUAAACAUUUGCAUCAGUAGACUAAUUGAUCUUACAAGAAGUUGGCCAGCUGUGACUCUCAAUGCUCUUUUGGGUUUCUGUAAUCUGAUAGGUUUCUGUAAAAAAAAAAGCCUAAAAAGUAUUAACUGAUCCUAAUGUAUUCUUAAAAUAGCAGUGUAGUGCCAUCCCUCCUGCUGCUCCUGUUUCUAAAAAUGAAUUUAUUGGAGUUGAAAAUGUAACGGGUUGCCUUCGUACCUUUGCCAUUGAAAGACUGCUUUCCGUCCUCUAAAUUUGUGCCUGCCAUAUAUCCAGGCAGAAUUUUGUAUUUGAAACGUUCCUCUUUUUGCUUAGACUUCUGCUGUGAUCAGUGAGUUGCUGCUGGGAGUGGGAGGAUGGUUUUCAACGAGGCAGGAUUAGGUGUGUAGGGUUAACUUGAAGAUGCUCAUGUACUGAAGAAGACGCAAAAAAAAAAGAGCCUGGACUGACAUGUGAAACGUGUGUUGGUUAAUCAUGUGACAGGACUGCUAGCUUAGUAACAACUUACUUUUAAAUGUUAGCCACUGUUGGAAAUAAUUCCAUCAGGACAUUACAUAUGCUUAUUUGUCAUACUGAGCUUAAUCCCCAGAUGUUAAGCACAUAAAAGAACAUAGUUCAUCCUGGGGAUUUUAGGAGGGCACUGGGGAAAGCAUCAUCAGAAGGAAAAAGGAAACAUUAGUCUCUUUCCUCGUACCUGAGCUGCUGUUGGAGGGGAAGGUUUUAUUCUUUCUUCUGGAGCAGCAACACUGCAAGGAGGCACCCUUAGAAACUUGCAGCAUUGAGAAGUUUGGCUGACUUCAACCCCAAGUGUGUCAGUUCUUGCAUAGGAAAGGAUACCUUGUCUUCACCAUCCCAAAAUGAGACAGGCUUUUUUUCCCUUCAUUCUGAAAAAUACACACAGAGUUGUUUUUCUUUCUCACAGCCUUAUUGAUCUGCCAGCAUACUUGUAGAGCAGCUUGGCUUUACCCACUUUAAACUGUGAAAUAAAUUGAGUUGUCCUUCUAGUAAUUUUUAGAUUAUUCAGCACACAGUCCUCUAGACAAGCAAAACUGGACAUGUGAAUUUUAGCUACUAUGAAAAUAAGAAUAGGGGAGGAAAAAAAGUAUUUAUAAAAGUAAAAAGUCUUACUGUCCAUACAUGUGAGCUUCCCCACUUGUCUCAGAAGUUUCAGGGAGCCGAGAUGCUGUCAGUUAUUAAAGAUGAGAUGAAUGGUGGUUCACACAUUGACUUGCUAUACCUUGCUCCAUGUUGUGACCUCUGCUUUUAAAAAACAAUAGUUCAAUGUCUGGUAGAGGACCACAGGUGAUGGCAUUGAUGGAUUGUCAUAAGCAUGAACCAUGAAAUAUAGAAGUAGCUUCAGAUACUGCUUUGUUCCUUGUCUCUGCCUUUUUAGAUGUAAAGAGCUUCUUUGGAAAGACAGUUUGCACCAUAAUCUUUACGGCUGAAUUAAUCUAUUUCAUAAUUUGGAGUCUGUGUUGCCAUUUCUGGUUUGAAGUUGUUUUUUCAGAGAUACAUUUGGAUCUUUUUCUCAUUAAAAACUCCCGAGGUUUAUUGCUUUCCUUAUCAUCCUAUACGUUGCGUCCUUGGUAAUCUGAGUUCUCUGCUGAACACCUACACAGUAUGCUCUCUUGACCCACUGUCUGUCACUAAAAAGUUAUCUCUCCCAUUUGUACUAGCAAUAGAAUAUGCACAGAGGUAGUAAUGAAUUUCUUAAUUCAACCUUAAGACUUUCAACCCACACAGAGGCACAGGCAUUCAUACACUGCAAGUGAAAAAGAGAUUUGGAUACUGCUGUCAACAUGUGGGGUCAAAAAUACCAUUAAAUUGGAAAGUUCCUUCAGCUGUGUUUAGGAAGAAACAACAGUAAAACAGAAAAAAUAUCAUUCUUGGCUAAGUCACUUAUGGAAGAAACAAAUUCCCCUAUGGCAUUAGUUGAAUGAAAUCCUAAGGAUGGGUUUGCAUUCGGCCCCAAAUUGUUCCUUCUAUUCAGAUGGUUGUCGUCAUGUGUACCAAUGAGCGAUCACUUGAUCCUCCUGUGUAAAAAUACAAAAACAUCCCUUGGUUUACCAAGUGAUUUAAUUUGGGACUGAAGCUUCACAGCAAUGGAAUUAGUACGUACGGUACCUCAGUCUUUUUCCUAGUUAAGAUGCAAAAGGGAGGUUCACUGUCGGUAACCCCAUAGAGAUAAUAGUGUCAAUAGGAGACCUACACUGAAAAGAACACCAGUGCUAGCAAGCAAACGUAUUAGUUUAAGUCUUUCUUUUGCCUUCUUUUCAAACACUUUUAAAUGCAAAAUUCCUUUUCUUCAAAAAUAAAAAGUAAGCAUCUGAAGAUCUAAUUUCCCAAUAGUUUCCUCUGCAUUUAUAUACUAUGUAGUGUUUAGGCAACACCUAUGUUAUAAGUUUAUUAAUAUUAUGUAAGUGUUGUUCUUGUAUUUAUGUAUAGUGUAUGUAUUGUAAAUAUACUCAGAGCUUUUUUUCCUCUUACUGUAAAAUGGUGAUUUUUGCCCUAUGAUAAUGUAAAGGGAGUCCCCUAAUGAAAUUCUGUCACAGGAUGAUUAUUCCACUCUAUUCUCAAAGAUUUAAAUGAACAAGUGUUAUCGUUUUUAAUGGUGUCUCAGACAUAUUUUGUUGGUGCAUUGCUUUUCUGUAUUCAACUUUCCUAUGAAUUGAGCUGUGAAUUGAAAUAGAGUUUAAACCUUUAAAUGUAUGCAUUUGUAUAAUUAUCUGAAUGGAGGCAUGAAGGUUAAAUAAAGCAUUUUGUAUGGAACAAAA